AUGAUGGUCGAUAAAAUCAAUAUGUCACUUGAUGAAAUUAUAAAGAAAGAAAAGGAAAACGCUGGCGAAAAUUUUGGUAACAAUUUUAAUGCAAGAAAACGCAAAAAUCGCAGAAGAGUUGCAAGUAAUUCUGGAAUUGUGAGGAGACGAAACCGUAAAACUAUUGCCAGUAAUAAUCAAAAAGCCGGUGUCGCUACGUUGCGUAUGGUUAAUAGACUCGUCAAGGUUAUUGCUUUUUCAUUUCAGAAUGCAAUCAGAAAUCAAACAAAUCAAGCAUUAAUCAGUCGUGCUGCGCGAAUACAACGUCGUAGCUUAGCGGAGAGUCGUCGAUCACGUCUUGCUGGUCGACUGUUUGGUGUCAACCAGCGAUCAAAAGUCAUUGGGAGACGAGGUGCUGGGCGAGCGUUUACUCGACGAACGAAUACCAUACGCCGUGGUCGUGGAAUCGCAAGACUGGGGCAGUUAGUCAGUGAUAGUUCGCCUGUUGUUCAUUACACUCAGUCUCCAGAAUUAGUUGAAACUAUUGCCAAACGUCCUAUGCAGCGCGUUAACGCACAAAAAAAUAUUCGGAAAAGAGUGUUCGUACCAAGACGACGCCGUUUAGUUGUUGUUGAUGAAGUGCCUAUUCAAAGUUUCCGUACUGUUCAAAGUAAAGGAUUUGGAAAUCGUUUUACUCGUGUGAAUCCAAAUGCAGAAAGAAUGAAGGCUGCAUUGGGAAUCGGGACUCGACGUUGGGUAGAAGCAGAUUCUUUUGGAUCAACGAACUCAUUUCUUGAUCGAUUGCAGCCUACUGUCGUGCAAAGACGUCGAUUUUGA